AUGCAAUGCAUCGAAUUUGAAAUCGAAAUCACGUACACCACGCGACGGCCCUCCGAUUUUUAUGAAUCCGAUUCCAAGUUGAUCAAACUAAACGAGGUUGCUCUGACGGAACAUGCAUUCCGGGCAAAGACUUCCAAGAUUCGACUCGAGCAUGGUCGAUUCUUCACGCAAUGGGAAACGCAGCGGACUGGAAUUCCCGGCUGGGCUCAUCCGUACGCCUGGAGACUGGUCUUUGAUUCGUCACCUUACCUACCCCGUGAAGAGUGGACCAUGGCAUGGGGUGAGGCCGUGCUUGAUGAGCAGAGGUUCUGGGAGCGGACGGAACUCUGUGCUCAGGGCUCACAGCUUCCGAGGGAGGGAGGGCUGUGGAAUGAUAUCAAACGUUGGCUGGGAUACCCAUGA